UUAUCACCACCGAAGGAGAGUCGAAGGACCAAAAUGAAGACCUUCUUCAUUAUACUAGUGAGUGUCGCGGUGGUGUGGGGUAAGCCGACGGGGGAGGAUGACGUCGUGGGUUCAGUCAUCGGUGUCGUACGGAGCUGUGGUGAAGAAGAUGUCUCGUUGUGUUUGAAGGAAAGAGCUUUGAAAUACGUGGACAAUAUCAACACGGCGCGGGAAUUGAAUAUUGCUGAUGGAAUCAGCUUACUUGGAACUGGAUCUCCAAGGUCUGCCAGGUCUUUCGAGCCACUGUCCGACGAGCCCAAAGCUAGAGAGAACCAAGUGGAGUCCAGGCUGGUGGAUGGCGUUGCUGACUUCUUGGAGAACCAUGUCAUCCAACUUCGUGUACCAAAGAGCACUGUUGAUGAUGUCAAGCGGUCCCUUGAGGAAGGCCGUGGCAAGAAAAAGAAGUUGAAGCAGUUGCUCCCAAUCCUCGCUCUCCUCCAACUGAAGAUUCAGUCCCUCAUUCCCUUGUUCUUGGGUAUCAUCGCCUUCGCUGCUGUCAAGGGUCUGAUGCUCGCAAAGGCCGCGCUACUGGCUUCUGCUCUUGUUCUUCUGAAGAAGCUGUUGUCCAAACACGAGCAUCAUGAGAGCUAUGAAGUUGUAGCUCACCCUCAUCACGAGGAACACUUCAGCCACGGAGGUCACGGAGGAGGCUGGGGAAGGUCAUCGCAAGACGCCCAAAAUUUAGCCUACAGCGCUUACUCCAAUUGAAGAUAAUACAAAGAAGACUGUUCUCAUCCCUAUGCAGGAUUAUAGUAUAGUUGUCUUUGGUUAAUCUAGUACGGACCUCAAAGUAUUGAGAUAUUAAUUUAUUAUUUAAUAAUUUAUUUAAAUUAUUUAUACGUUGUUAAUUUAAAUAUUUAACUUGAAAAACGUAUGAGUGAAUCUUGUCUCGGCUAUGAUCUUACAAUGCAUCGCCACCUCUUUUUUAUUUAUCUAGUGAUAUGUAUUCUUUGUUUUUAUAUGAUUUACUAUUCAAAUGUACCUGUUUAUUAUUAAGUUUAUUUGUUUCAUCUAAUAGUACAAAUAGUAAGUUUAUUAAGUUUAAAAAGCUUUAAUAUUAUUUAUAUAACUAUUCUUUAAUGACUUUUUGUGUUCAAUUUAUACUAGUCGUAUUUUUAUUUUCUCUUACUCAAUUUAUUAUAAAGUUAUAUAUUAUAUUCAGCUUUUGUAAAUAUGCUUCAUAUAAAAAUAUAUAAGUAUUGCAUUGUUUUUUGCAUCUUCGUUUGUUAUAUUGUAUAAUAGUUAUUUACUUUUAUACUGUCUUAUGUUACUGUUUCUUUACUUUUUACGUCUUAAGGUGAUGCCUUGUUCAUCAUAUUUCAUCUAAGUGUUACAAUUAUUAAAAAUCACCCUUAAAUGAAAUCGAAAUAUAAUAGUCAUUCAUA